AUGCGUGGGGCUUACGACCGUACAAAUCCGUUCUGGCUCGCCUCCGUUUCCAGCCAGAAAAUCCACACAGUUGUUUAUCCGACCGACAACAGACAUUUCGCUUGCAACACCACCAAAGUCCGGUUCGUCAAAUAUCAAAGUAAGGUGGUCUCCCCAAAGGGUGAACUUGGGGCUGAACCGCUGGGCCUGAUGAUGCUGAUAGUGACGCUGGCAGCAGUGGAUAAAUGGAUAAGUGUCUCGUUUGACGUGCCUGCCGCGGGAGACACAAAUGUAUGCGAGAUGGUGUCGGUCGACAAUCGGAUGGGUAACAUGGGUCGCUAUGGUGUCGUUGCUAUUCCACCGUUGAUGCCUGCUACAUGCGACAUGCGCAGCAGGGGGCUGUGA